CACAAAGACUUUGAGUGGGCAGCAAAUGCAUCUCUCUCAUUCAUUCUAACCCCAUUUCCUGUAAUCUCUCUUUUUCUCUAUUUCUUUUUGCUGUCCUCAUCAAAUUACUUUUUCAGCUUUUCACCAUCUUUGAUUCUUCAUCUUUAAUUUUUUUUGGCACUUCCUCUUUCUAUCUCAUUGAUACACUCAAAUCCAGUUUCUUUUUCUCUGUUUUCCCAAUCUAUCCAUCACCAUUCAUUGAUUCAGUAGAUACCCAUUUGGGGUUUGAGUAUUCAACAGAUAGCCAUUUGGAUUUUGAGUAGGAAAAAAGUGUUCUUGAGUGGGUAUAAGCCAUGGAAGCACCAAAACCUGAAGAGAUACACCAUCCACCAAUGGACCAACUUCAGGGAUUGGAGUAUUGUAUUGAUUCAAAUCCUUCAUGGGGGGAGGCAAUAGCUUUGGGUUUUCAACACUACAUUUUGGCGUUAGGGACUGCAGUGAUGAUUCCCACAUUCCUUGUUCCUUUGAUGGGUGGAUCUGAUGAUGAUAAGGUGAGGGUUGUGCAGACUCUGCUGUUUGUUGAAGGAAUUAACACACUUUUACAAACACUUUUCGGAACCCGAUUGCCGACAGUGAUUGGAGGAUCUUGGGCAUUCAUGGUUCCCAUUGUUUCCAUAAUUCACGACUCAUCCUUGGAGGGAAUCCCCGACCCUCAUGUGAGAUUUCUCAAUACCAUGAGAGCAAUACAAGGUGCUCUAAUAGUAGCAUCAAGUGUGCAGAUUAUUUUGGGCUAUAGUCAGCUGUGGGCUAUUUUUUCCAGGUUUUUCAGCCCACUUGGAAUGGUUCCAGUAGUUGCAUUGGUGGGGUUUGGUAUGUUUGAUAGAGGCUUCCCAUUGGUUGGACGGUGCGUGGAAAUAGGAAUUCCCAUGCUUAUUCUAUUUGUUGCCUUCUCCCAGUACUUGAAAAAUUUUCAGACAAAAUCACUGCCAAUACUGGAGCGUUUUGCUCUUCUUAUAUCAGUCACCGUGAUAUGGGCAUAUGCACACCUCCUGACAGCCAGUGGUGCAUACAAACAUAGUCCAGACUUAACCCAAAGGAACUGCCGCACUGACAAGGCAAACCUCAUUUCUUCUGCCCCAUGGAUAAAAAUCCCAUACCCACUUCAAUGGGGGGCACCUACUUUUGAUGCUGGUCAUGCUUUUGGAAUGAUGGCUGCUGCAUUAGUCUCCAUGAUUGAGUCCACUGGAGCCUAUAAGGCGGCAUCUCGUCUAGCAAGUGCCACACCCCCUCCAGCUCAUGUUCUUAGCCGUGGUAUUGGCUGGCAGGGUAUAGGCAUCCUUUUAGAUGGACUCUUUGGGACGGUCACAGGCUCUACAGUUUCUGCGGAAAAUGUGGGUCUUCUUGGAACCACUCGUGUUGGAAGCCGGAGAGUCAUUCAAAUCUCAGCUGGUUUUAUGAUCUUCUUUUCAAUUUUAGGGAAAUUUGGAGCUCUCUUUGCAUCAAUACCAUUCCCAAUAUUUGCUGCUGUUUACUGUGUCCUCUUUGGUCUCGUUGCUUCUGUGGGGUUGUCGUUUUUGCAAUUCACAAACAUGAACUCGAUGAGGAACCUCUUCAUCACCGGCGUUGCCCUUUUCUUAGGCUUGUCUAUUCCUGAGUACUUCAGGGAAUAUACUGCAUCUGCUUUUCAUGGUCCUGCUCAUACCAAGGCUGGAUGGUUUAAUGAUUUCCUAAAUACCAUCUUUUUGUCCUCCCCAACUGUUGCAUUGAUUGUUGCUGUGUUCCUAGACAACACGCUUGACUACAAAGAUAGUGCCAGAGAUAGGGGAAUGCCAUGGUGGGUCAAAUUCAGGACAUUCAAAGGAGACAGCAGAAAUGAGGAGUUUUACACCCUUCCUUUCAAUCUCAACCGUUUUUUCCCUCCAUCUUGAUGUAGUGUUGUUACUGGAUGGCAAGAUGUAAGAGGGAAAUCAUCACCCGCAGCAACGGGAUUGUGAUGAUCACAGUCCUCCUGAGAUGGAGAUCCAUAAUUUUUGUCUCAAUAGUGAACGAAAGCUUUGCUUUCUGUCACUCUUUUUUCAUUAAUUAUAUAUAUAUAUUUCGGGUUAUUCAGGUUUAAUCCAAUAAAACUAGUGCAUUUGUUUCUUCACAUUGUGUAAUAUAAGGUUCAUCUGCAUUUUUCUA